GCCGCUGACAUCCGGUUUCCCGGGAGCCCCCGGGGCCGCUGAAGGUGAGCCGGCCGUCAUGGCGUUCUUGUCUUCGGCGGCCUAUCUGACCCACCAGCAGAAGGUGCUCCGGCUUUAUAAGCGGGCGCUGCGACACCUGGAAUCAUGGUGCAUCCACAGGGAUAAAUACCGGUACUUUGCUUGCUUGUUGAGAGCCCGGUUUGAUGAACAUAAGAAUGAAAAGGACAUGGUGAAGGCCACCCAGCUGCUGAGGGAGGCAGAGGAAGAAUUCUGGCAUGGUCAGCAUCCUCAGCCGUACACCUUCCCUGAGUCUCCGGGGGGCACCUCCUAUGAGAGAUACGAGUGUUACAAGGUUCCUGAGUGGUGCUUAGAUGACUGGCAUCCUUCGGAGAAAGCGAUGUAUCCUGACUACUUUGCUAAGAGAGAGCAGUGGAAGAAACUGCGGAGGGAGAGCUGGGAGCGGGAGGUGAAGCAGCUGCAGGAGGAAACCCCGGUUGGUGGUCCCCGAACUGAAGCUUUGCCCCCAGCCCGAAAGCAAGGUGACUUGCCCCCUCUGUGGUGGCAUAUCGUGACCAGACCCCGGGAGCGGCCCAUGUAGAGGAAGAUGCCUCACAGUCACGCUCGCAAGUGAGAUGAGUUAAUAGGACACACACUUGCCCUAAUAAAAUAACUCCACCUGGUAUGACUGACGUGUUCUGAGGAGUGACAUGUUGGAUGAUUGGGCCGCUGUCAUUUUUUUAGCAGUUAUGCAUAUAAAGAAAAGUAUGUGAAAUGUA